UUAUACAUUUUUCACAAAUUCUUAAUUUUGGAAUCUAACAAUUCUGUUUCCAAUUUUGAUUUUUCCACCUGGACAGGGUGGUCCAAAUUUUGAUUGCAAGUGGGCUGCUAGAGUACUUCAGCGAGUGAGCCCAAAAUUUGACAACCCCCACCAAACUUCAUGCUGCCUAAGCCUGGUGCUAGGCUUUGGGAAGGACAAGGCGUGAGGCUCUGGCAGCAUUCUAGAGCCCCCCCACUUCCUUCUCAAAGCUGGAAAAGCACUAACUAGGCUUUGUGAUGGAGACAGGAGGACUCUGGGACCCUGUCAGAGCCGGCCUUCAUGCCUCCUUCCUAAAGCCCAGCGCCUUGCUUACCUGGCUUUGGGAAGGAAUUUGAACGCUGGGGGAGGAGGCAUCAAAUGUUGCCAAAGGCCACCAAAAAGGACCUUGAGGGCUACAUGUGACCCUUGGGCUGUGUGUUGGACCAUAGCGUUUUGCUAAGUUUAGUUACAUGUUUUGUUGAGAUAGCAACAUAACACACAAUAAGAUUACUCAGGAGUUUUUCCACAAAGAAAGCUUAGCCCUAAUUUUUAAUUGAUGCGAAAAUGUUCUAGAGGCAGGCAUGACAAUAAGUAUUUCUCAAAUAUAUUAACUUACUACGAAAAUAUUCCUGUUUCCUUCAUCCAUAUUCUAUGUCCAAACUGGAAGAUGCAUCAGGUAAGAAACUUGUGACUGAACGUGACUGAAAAUGAAGGACGAACACACCAAAUAUUGACAAUGUUUUCAAUAGCAGAUAUCGACUGCACAUCGGUUAUUUGUACCAUGCAGUCUAAAUUAAUGCUUCUUUUCACAAGGGUGAUUGCUUCACUAUCUGUGUCGUAACACACUUCCUGUUCAUCCAGACUGGCAAGCUCAAUGUGACUUUUAGGUCGGCUUGUUCAUUGGCCAUGAAAGCUCUCCCAAUUUAUUCAGUCUUUGUAUGAUUUGCUGCAGUCCAUUAGACAAAGGUAGAUAAGGCAGUGGAGAGUUAUAUAUUUCCUUUCAGGGUGGGUGGGUGGCUCACUUGAUUUCCGUCAAAACUUGGUGGCAUUUCCAGAAUUUAUUUGCUGCGAAGUAGAGCAAUUCCUUCUAGACGCUGGUUGAAAUCGGGAGAUGCCAGCUCAGAUCUGACUAGGAAUCUACUCACCGAGGGGUCUGGCCUACCAUCCUUACCAGCAUUAGGAUGGCCAUGGAUGGAUAAAAAGUUUCCUGGAUAUAUUUGACCAAAAGAAGAGCCUCGGAGGAAGAUGGAAGUGGCUGUAACAGGAGCUCUGCUCCUUCUCUGGGUUCUCUUCAUCUUCAUUUUCUAUUCCUUAAAAAUGUACAAGGAGAAAAGCCAGCUACCUCCAGGCCCCACUCCCUGGUUCUUCCUGGGGAACCUGCUGCAGAAAGAUGUCAUGCCUCUGAGCAAAAACUAUUCAAAGCUGGUUGAGAAAUACGGCCCUAUGUUCACUGUCUGGAUGGGACCCAAACCUGUGGUCGUGCUUUGUGGAUUUGAUGCGGUAAAAGAUGCUCUGAUGGAUCAUGCUGAAGAGUUUGGUGGGCGUAUUAGCAGCCCCAUCAGUGAUCGAAUGACCAAAGGCCAUGGGAUAGACAACUCUAGUGACAUGGAAUGGAGAGAGCUGCGCAGAUUCACAGUUAUGACACUGAGAGACUUUGGAAUGGGGAAGAGAUCAAUGUCUGAGAGGGUGCAGGAGGAAGCUGUUUGCCUGGUGGAGGCACUGGCAGCCACAAAAGGACAGGGCUUUGAUCCGACAACUAGAAUCACAUCCGCUGUUUCCAAUGUGAUCUCAUCAGUCAUCUUUGGGACUCGCUUUGACUACGCAGACAAGACCUUCCUAAAGCACCAACGCAUUAUAGAGAACCAAGUUGACUUCUUUCAAUCUUUCUUGGGACUGCUGUACUCUGCUGUCCCUAAAAUAUUGGACUGCUUUCCUGGAAGGCACCAAAAGAUUUUUUCUGAUACUGAUGAGUUGUGUUCUUUCAUCCGUGAGAAUGUGAAAGUACACAGGCAGACGCUGGAUCCUCAGAACAUCCGUGACUAUAUUGAUUGUUUCCUUAUCAAGUCUGAGAAGGAACAAAGGUCUGCUAGUGACACCUUCAGAACUGAAAACCUUGUCAUGACAGCGUUUGGCCUUUGUUUGGCUGGGACAGGAACCACAAGCUUUUUCUUGAUCUCUAGCCUCAUGGUGAUGGCUAAGUUGCCACAUAUUCAAGCAAAAGUCCAACAGGAAAUUGAUGAGGUGAUGAGUGCCACCCGUGCCCCUAGCAUGGAAGAUCGUGUGAGGAUGCCUUUCACCAAUGCAGUUAUCCAUGAGAUUCUACGAUACCCACUAUUAAGUAAUGAGGCCGCUCCCUGUACAACGUCUUGUGAUACAAAAUUCAGGGGGUUCACCUUCCCUAAGGGCACUGCUGUUACUCCAUUGUUCACAUCUGUGCACCGUGACCCUCUCCAGUGGGAGACUCCCGAACAGUUCAAUCCUGGACAUUUUUUGGAUGAGAAAGGCCAGUUCAAGAAGAAAGAUGCCUUAAUAGUCUUUUCAGCAGGGAAGCGGGCAUGCAUUGGGGAAGCCUUAGCACGGAUGGAGCUCUUCCUGUUCUUCAGUACUCUGCUUCAGAACUUCACCUUCCAGCUGGUUGGAGCUGCAAAAGAUAUGGAUUUAGCCUCUUUGUUUACGGAGUUCAGAGCUAAAAAUGUCUCUCCUCUAAUGAAAGCCAUCAGACGUUCAAUGUGAUCUUGUGACAAAAGAUCACUCAUUCAACACCUCUCAGUUUCACAUAAGGGUAAUAGCCCUAGAUACCGGUAUUAAAAGUUUUCUUAGCAUGGCAAACGAGAAGAGCCUUUGACCUUUCAAUCCCUAAUGUCCAGUCAGCUGUUCAUGGGCUCAUUGGCACUUAAUAAAAUGUUCCACAUCAUCAA